AAAAUCUCUAAGGACAAACGCAAAUACAUGUGAUCGUAUUAUCGUCGACGAUGACGACUGCAUUGUUCCGGUAAAGCGCAUCAGACAACAAAUUCUGAGUAGUUCAGAGGGUAGCGAUGAUGAUUUAUCGCAUCAAAGUUCGUUCAACAAUUUACCAGUUGCUGAAGACGUUUCGAAUCACCAUGAUUCUCUGGAGCCUUGCGAAGAAUCUGAUUCGCGAUCUAACUUCCCCAGUCUGAGUAAACCGAUUGAAUUUUUCGAACUAUUCUUUGAUUCGACACUGUGGGAAUUAAUAGGUCAAGAAACGAAUAAAUAUGCCGAGUAUUCAAGACAUUCACCUAGAGAAUUAAAAUCCUUUGAAACAGAGAUUUGGACACCCGUUACCGUGUUUGAAGUGAAAGCAUUUAUAGCAGUACUAUUAGAAAUGGAAAUUACGAGAAAACCUAAUAUUUCUUCAUAUUGGUCUGAAAAUUCCCUUGAUAAUUCGUUAUGUUUUCCACCUGGUCACGCAAAAUACGAACCCUGUGCGAAAUGUAAAUCACUGGUUGACCACGCUAAUAAGGUAUUCAAAUUACAUUAUAAACCGCACAUACAAUUAUCAAUUGAUGAGUCUUUAGUUGGAACGCAGUGCCAUUCUAGCAUAACACAAUAUUUGCCAAAUAAAAAGCAUCAUCGUUGGGGAAUCGAAUUCUGGAUGCUGUGUGACUGCGUUUCGAAGUAUUGUUUGGCGUUCUCUUGCUAUAAAGGUGCAAAAGAAACAAUUUCUACCGAUAGAAAAAAGUUUGAGUACGAUGUAGUGGUGAAUUUACUGGAAGAUAGUAAAUGUUUGAAUAAGGGGCAUCACAUUUUUGUGGACAACUUUUUUACUAGCGUAGAAUUAGCUCGGCAUUUAUAA